CCAGAUAUCGAAUUUUGUCAGGUUACGGCGAGAGACCGAGGAGCAGACAAAGAGGCUUUUCUAUGAGGAUGCGGCCAUAUCUCGAUGGCAGGAGGAGGUUAGGAUGAGGAGACGGACAUGAGAGGAGCCUAUGCCUGAGGGAGAGCGUAUACAGGCAGAGGAGGGGCUUCAGGCGAGAUUGUUAUCUAAUGCCUCAGUGCGAGAGUUGGCAGGAGUGAUGGAGCAUGUCAGGAGAAUCACGCAGACCGAGGUGGCGCAAGGAGAGGUGCUCCAGGAUGCGAUACAGAGGAUAGGUACUCUGGAACAGGAGAACAAAGGACUGAGGGACAUGGUACGUGACCUCAUCAUCAGUGCUGGACAGGCGAAACAGUCUACCUCGAGACUCGAGCUGAGGAUUACUGAUCUAGAGGAGGGUCGGAGGCAUCAGACCACGACAGAUGUGGUCGACGAGAGGAGGACUGAGGAGCAGCAAAUUCCUAUCAGACAGGCAGACGUCUCUCAUGAGAUAAAGUCAGGUGGAGUGAGAUUGGAUACCCCUCGAUGAGACUCGCAGACGGAGGAGCCACAUGGGCCUAUGGGGAUGACAUGUGAGGAGGCAACAGUUGUGGACAAGCUCAUGCUUGAGCCGGACGAGA